AUGCCCAACUCGGCCGCCAGUCCACUCCCAGCCCCACGACGCAUCGUAGCCGGCCACAACGACGCCGGCUUCGCGACCGUGAAGCACGACUCUCAAAUCCAUCCGCAACCGGUGGGAGACGGGAUCAACCUGGCCCUCCUCUGGACUAGCACAGAGCACCCCGCCGACGCAUUGGUGCACCCGGGUGUACCGCCCACAGGCUCGGGUUUCAGCGCCUAUGACCUUCCUCCGCAAUCGGUGGGCGUCUUCCACCGCUCGAGCACACUCGAUUAUGUGAUUGUGGGAAAAGGGAGUGUGGUUUUAGGGCUAGAUGGUGGAACUCGGGUGACGUUGAAUGAGGAGGACGUCCUGGUGCAGCGCGCCACGAUGCAUAGCUGGAACAAUGUGACGGAUCAGUGGGCACGUGCUUAUGGGAUUAUGCUGCCUGCGCGGGCGCCUUGUGUUAGUGGGGAGGAGCUAUGA